AUUGAGACCAAAGUGCAUGCUAUUGCAAUCCACGGAAGGCGGAGGGUUACCUGACCACGCAUGAAGUAGUCCGAGCGUUAGCACCCGUCGCCAUUUUCACUCAGACGGUCGCGAGGACGUGCUGAAGCUUAAAAAGGUGUGAAGUAUAAUUUGCCACAAUGGUGAAGAUAUUUGUGGGGAACUUGUCACAAGAGACCACAACGGAUGAACUGCGGUCACUCUUCUCGCAGUAUGGCAAGAUUGCAGAAUGCUCCAUCCUGAAGAGUUUUGGGUUUGUGCACAUGGACAGCAAGUCUGAAGCAGAAGAAGCCAUCCGCAACCUUCACCAGUAUCAGCUGAACGGACAGGCCAUGAACGUGGAGCUGAGCCGUGGCAAAUCCAGGGGGUCCACCAAACUCCAUGUUGGCAACAUCGCCUGCUCCAAUCAGGAGCUUCGAGCUAAGUUUGAAGAGUAUGGCGUGGUGGUGGAGUGUGACAUCGUGAAAAACUAUGCCUUUGUUCACAUGGAGCGCAUGGAGGAUGCCAUGGAGGCCAUUAAUCAGUUAGACAACACAGCGUUUAAAGGCAAACUGAUGAGCGUGAAGCUUUCGACUAGCCGACUCCGUACUGCGCCGGGAAUGGGAGACCGAUCGGGUUGUUAUCGUUGCGGGCAGGAAGGCCACUGGUCCAAAGAAUGCCCUCUAGAUCAGAACGGCUACCACAGAAACGGCUCAGAGCCAAACUCUGAUGGAUACGAUUCCUCGAGAUUUGACGGGCGUGCUCACAGCCGGGCUUAUCAAGCGGGCUUCAGUGGUGCGGAAGCAGAUUAUGGUGGUGGCUACGCUCCUGUGCACGGCUCUUCCCGUGGUUCCGGUCACAGCAGCAAUGCGGCGGGGUACCGAGCGGGUCCGGGCUACGAGAAUACAGCGAGAUACGGGCCGCAUCCAGGUUACGGCAUGUCCGGCAGCGGGGCGGCAUACCAGACCGACGGCUCAUACUAUGGCGCGGUACCAGGCUACCCGGUGCGGCGAUCGCCUUACGAGGAACGGGAUCCGUACGGAGUUGUGGACUACUACGGGAAGUACAGGGCCAAUAUGUACGGUGGCGGUUAUUACGAGGAACACCGCGCUGUGCCUACGCCUGCUCCACCAGCGACCGCUGCAGCUGGUAUGAGGGAACGUGGGCCUACCAUCGACCCAUAUCAGUGCCCACCGGUUCAUCCUGCACCAGUCCCAGUUCCCUCGUACCACGCACGUGACCGGAGUCCUAUUCGGAGAGUCUCCGGCGAGGCCGAAGGAUACUCAUAUCAGGGUAUGCACAUGCCCUCGGGGGGCCCUCCUCCCAAUAAGUACUAUCUAUUCAGUAGGGAGGCCAAAAUGGCGACGGGAGCAAAUGCGACUCCUUUAGGAAAGUUGCACCCCAGCAUUGGCGCUAAGCGAGGCUUCGACGCAGGGCCUGGCGCGGGGAACGGUUUGAUGCCCAGCCCGGGCGCGCCUGCAACCUUUUCGCCGAUGCAAGGAUUCCAGCCGGCAAUGCCCCCCUCCGCCUAUCCACAAACACACCAGUUCAACGCGGCCAGUGGUUUUUCGCCCCAGCCGCCCCAGCCAUCAGGUGGCCAAGAUUUCAGUCAGAAGAAACAAAGGAAGAAGAGUCGUUGGAGCAGUGAGACGCCCGAUCAGAAGACUGUCAUACCAGGCAUGCCCACCGUCAUCCCCCCGGGUCUCACGCGGGACCAAGAGCGGGCCUAUAUAGUCCAACUGCAGAUUGAAGACCUGACACGUAAACUGCGUACAGGAGACCUGGGAAUCCCUGUUAACCCUGAGGACAGGUCUCCCUCACCGGAGCCCAUCUACAACAGCGAGGGCAAGAGGCUGAACACGCGUGAGUAUCGCACGCGCAAGAAGAUCGAGGAGGAGCGCCACUCCCUCAUCACAGAAAUGGUCGGUCUCAACCCCGACUUUAAACCACCAGCAGAUUAUAAACCUCCAGCCACCAGAGUUAACGACAAAGUCAUGAUUCCUCAAGAUGAAUACCCUGAGAUCAACUUUGUCGGCCUCCUUAUUGGACCUCGUGGUAACACCUUGAAGAAUAUCGAGAAGGAAUGCUGCGCCAAGAUCAUGAUCCGUGGUAAAGGCUCCGUAAAGGAAGGCAAGGUUGGCAGAAAGGAUGGACAGAUGCUUCCUGGCGAAGACGAGCCUCUGCAUGCUCUGGUCACUGCGAACACGAUGGAGAACGUCAAGAAAGCUGUGGAGCAGAUUCGCAAUAUCCUGAAGCAAGGUAUCGAGACACCCGAGGAUCAGAAUGACUUGCGAAAAAUGCAGCUGAGAGAGCUGGCGAGACUCAACGGCACGCUGAGGGAAGACGACAACAGGAUCUUACGCCCGUGGCAGAACACAGAACCCCGCAGCAUCACCAACACCACUCUCUGUACCAAGUGUGGUGGAGCAGGACACAUCUCCUCUGACUGCAAGUACACCAGUACCUUUGCAGCACAAAGAGCUACCGGCGGUGAGCCCCCUCAGUCGGCACAGGACAAGGCUCGCAUGGACAAGGAGUAUUUGUCACUCAUGGCCGAGCUGGGCGAGGCUCCGGUUCCGCCACCCGGAGGAGGACAUGCCGGCGCACAGGGUGGAGCCCCCCGGCCUCCUGCACCCAAUAGCUCACAGGCACCGCCGGUUGGUUAUUAGCAUUAAGUGCUUAAGUUUGUUUAUGAGGCAUGAAAAUUGUUUUUUGUGUCACAACAGAACCGGCCCCCCUGGAUGGGCGCUGGUCCCAAUGACAGCAGGAGCUUCCAUGGCAUGCACGGAGGCCCUGGAGGACCUCACAGCUUUCCUCCCCCAAUGUCCAACAUGGGGGGCCCUCCGAUGCACCCCAACCCCAACGGCAUGCCUCCCCCGUGGAUGCAACCUCCACCUCCACCCAUGGGCCAGGGCCCAGGACCUCAUGGACACCCCAUGAGCAUGAUGCCACCACCGAUGGGCAUGAUGCCCCCUCCGCCUCCUCCCCCCAGCAGUCAGCCACCACCUCCCCCCUCUGGACCUCUGCCUCCAUGGCAACAGCAAGCUCCGCCUCCUCCUCCCACAAGCAGCAUGGCAACAAGUACACCGCUGCCCUGGCAACAAAAUACCACGACCACCUCCAGCCCUGGCACCGGCACCCUGCCCCCAUGGCAACAGCCGCAGCAGCCCACGGCCUCAGCCGCCCAGCCCCCUCCACCAAUGGGUAGCCCCUCCAUGGUGCCACCUCCCCCCGGGGUCCAGCCACCCCUGCCCCCAGGCGCUCCCCCUCCUCCGCCUCCACCCCCACCUGGUUCAACCAGCAUGAUGUAUGCUCCGCCGCCGCCCCCGCCUCCAAUGGACCCUUCCAACUUUGUCACCAUGAUGGGGAUGGGGGUACCGGGCAUGCCGCCGUUUGGCAUGCCUCCAGCCCCUCCACCUCCUCCACCCCAAAAUUAAUAGCCCAAUCUGGAGAGAACCACACCCCUGCAUCAUAUCCAAUAGACUGUCUGUUUGCUCACGAAUAUAACCAGUGCUUUAUUUUCUAUUGUCAUCUAUAUUGUCGAGAUGUGUGUGAAACAAAGCUAUUGAUUCACUUUAACUUGUGGAAAUUGAAGAAUCACACCUCCUCUUUUUAAAGUAUCAAUACAAAGCUGUGUGUGUGUACAUGUGCGCGGAAACACUUGCUCUCAGGCAUGCAUUUUGGUUGUGUGUUUUAGUCUACUGAAUAACAAAAAGCUCAAUUUGGCACCAGUAACUUUCAUUUGUGAUAAAACACAUUUGCUCAUUCUUACAACACAAUCUUUGUUGAUUUUUUUUCCCCCCAGAUUAAAGCCUUGCAUGAUCAUUUCAAGAGCUUUCAGUUUACCAAGAGUAAUAUUUUUGUAAUGACCAGAUGUGAAGUGUUAGGUUUUGCAAACGGCCCCCCCAUCCCCUCCCUGGUCCAAAUUUGCAUGUUUUCUCAUUUUUCAUGUUGAUUAACGGGAGAAUCUUAUUGACCCCUGGACUUUCAUACCUUCUGUCACAGCGAGUACAUGUAAGCAUCAUUUGUGACUGUACACAAGGAUGAAUGUUAGUUUUAUUCCCUUUUCUGGACCAGGUCUGUUGUUGCAUUGCUAAUUUUGAAUGACUUAAUUGCUUGGUUAGAAACAACCACCCUACUGAGGAUAAGCGGUAUAGAAGAUGGAUGGAUGGAAAUAAACUGAUUCCUUAGA